AUGACUACUGCGGCAGCCACCUGGAAAGAAUGCCCUCCAGGGACACCGCCAACCUUCAAUGCUGUGAUAAAAAAAUUAGUUAAAUUAAUACUACCAUGGGUGAGACACCCGAAUAUACAGGAUGAUCGAAAAGAUCAGGACCAAAUAACGUCAAGUCGCAACGAGUUGAUUGCCCGUUACAUAAAACUGAGGACGGGCAAGACAAGAACGCGAAAGCAGGUCUCCUCCCACAUACAAGUACUGGCUAGGCGAAAACUUCGCGAGAUCCAAGCGAAACUCAAAGUGGAUCAUGCCGCCAAGGAGAAGGCGCUCCAGACAAUGUCGAGCAUGUCGAGCGCCCAGAUAGUAUCAGCUGGGAGUGCGAUACACAACAAGAUGCCCCCCGCCCUCGUGGGACCCCUUGCCCUUCACGCUUCCACCCCUGUCUCCUAUCCCGGAGCGCAAUUCUGGCAACCGGGGUUGCAGCCGGGAACGUCGCAAGAUGUCAAACCUUUCUCGCAACCGGCGUACACCGGGAAACCGGCGACAGCGGUUUCGAGCGGCGACAUGGUCCAGGCUCAGCCGCCCCCGCCCUGGGAAGGACGUGCCAUCGCGACCCACAAGCUCAGGCUCGUCGAGUUCUCAGCCUACAUGGAGCAACAACGAGACCAGGAUAUUUACCACAAGCACCUGUUCGUCCACAUAGGGGGAUCGGCGACUUACGCGGACCCGCUGUUAGAAGCUGUCGACAUCAGGCAGAUAUAUGACAAAUUCCCGGAGAAGAAGGGCGGUCUGAAGGAGCUCUACGACAAGGGACCACAGGCGGCCUUCUUCCUCGUUAAAUUCUGGGCUGAUCUCAAUACCAACAUUCAAGACGAGGCCGGAGCCUUUUACGGCGUCACGAGCCAGUACGAGAGCAACGAGAACAUGACGAUAACAUGUUCGACCAAAGUCUGCUCUUUCGGGAAACAGGUGGUGGAAAAAGUGGAGACGGAAUACGCUAGGUUCGAGAACGGCAGAUUCGUCUAUCGUAUCAGCCGAUCGCCGAUGUGCGAGUACAUGAUCAACUUCAUACAUAAAUUGAAGCACCUGCCGGAAAAGUACAUGAUGAACAGCGUUCUCGAGAAUUUCACCAUUCUCCAGGUUGUCACGAACAGGGAUACGCAGGAAACGUUAUUGUGCACGGCAUACGUGUUCGAGGUGUCGACGUCCGAGCACGGUGCUCAGCAUCACAUAUACAGAUUGAUCAAGGAUUAGCCUGCUUGAACCUGUUCGCCAUGCAGCCAUCCACCCCCAUCAGUGCCUACCAUCACAUCAAACAAAAAAAAAAAAGAAUCAUCCAUACGCGCAUACAAACACGAUCACACACAGAAGCACAUUGACCCUUUGAAGCGUCGUGGUGGUACCCCCGCGAAACCAAUCAUUUUAAGUUUCUGUUCGCACUUCUUUUUGCAUCGAACGAUACGGACGACUUAGUGUGCGUGCAAUAGAUACAGUAUUUGUUACUGUGCAAAAACGAGGAAAUUUAGUUUUUAAUUGACCCGCAUUUCGAACGUGCGAACUACUUUUACAAUUUGACCCUUUCUCUAGUUUCCCCGAUUUUUUCUUUCUGUUUUUAAUCAACGAUCGAACACGUUGAAGAUUUCUUUUAAGCGCGCAGCUUUGAAGGGUCGAGGGAUUAAACACGCUCGUACUAGAUCGAAAUUGCAUAUAUUUCGCGUUUGAAUGUAAGAGUUUCGAUCGAAAAUGUUCUGCCGUUUAAAAAAAAAAAAAAGAAAGAAAGAAAGAAAUGAACGCGAUGCGGAAUAAGACUCGGGACAAAAUGUGUUUAUCGAAAUCAGAUGUUUAUUUUAAUGGUAAGAAACGGAUCGAGCGAUUAUUAUAUAUACACAUAUAUAUAAAUAUACAUAUAUAUAAAUAUACAUAUAUAUUUUUAUUUGCAAAUCAGAGAGAUUCGACUCGAUUUUUAAUCGGACUAUAUAAUUUUUUAAUGCGAGUUAGGCGUUUGUUCAUUCAGUAUUUACGAACAUUUUCUGCGAAACUCCUGAAAGAGAAACUCGUAAAACGGGAUACAGUAUACACGCAUUACAUCGACACGACAAUGAACACAUGUACACACUCUCACGUAUUAAAAGUACUGGCCAGCCCGAGCUUGAGUUUGAUUCAAGAAGAAGAAGAAGAAGAAGAGAAAAAAAAAAUAAGAGUAUAGAGAAACGCAAAUGGAAUGUAAUUAAAAUGUGAAAAUUAAUUGGUGCGCGUGUUUUUAAAAAAAUUUCCUACGUAGACGGAAUUGUAAAUUUUAUAUCGAGGACGCAGAUGUAAUCGUAUAUGAUAUAUUUUAUGAAUAUUUCGUCAUUCGCUUGCAAACGAACGAAUUCGUCGCAGUUUUAACUGGGAGGAGAUGUUAAUAAAAGUUAAGUUGAAAUCGACAAUAAAAAUUUCGUACGUACGGACGAAGGUAAACGUACCGAGAAGAAAAAAAAAAAAAGGGUAAAAU